UACCAAGCUGAUCGGGUUUAUAUUUACAUGUCAGCAACAUUCACAUCGGCAUCUGGCCUUUUUAAAAUCCAAGUCAUAAAAUAGUACUACAGAGUGACUAGACGAUUUUCUUUGAUCAAAACGAUGGAGGAACCAGUAAACAACAUCAAGCAAAAUCUGCAGAUACAGUUGGACGAGCUGGAGAGCUUGGAGUCGAUGUUCUGCAACCCGGGAGAGAUAAAGGUGGAAGACAUCGGGGUGUUUCAUGACAUAAAAGACUUUGUUGGGGGGCGCACGCCCUCUGUGCCCCCUUGUCUGGGCUUCACAGUCAACCUCGUGUUAGAACAGAACAAGUUCGAAUUGGGCGUGAAUUUGCCACAGGAAUACCCAUUUGUUGAGCCGGGAGUGUUUGUGAGAAACCACAAAUUAAAUAAGGCCCAACAUGUACUUUUGAACAAGAAAAUUGAACAGUUUUUGGCCGACUUGCCCCGAGGCGAACCGUGUAUAUUCACAGCAAUCUCUUGGCUACAAGAUCACGCUCUAGAUUACAUUGAACAGAAGGAAGCAGUAAUCGAAACAACAGACCACUGUUCAGAGGAUGCGGAGCUUGUUAGAUUUUGGAUCUAUUCCCAUCACAUUUACAGCAAAACCAAGCGCAAAGCCCUAAUAGAUCUCGCAGAUGAACUGAAAUUGUCCGGCUUUGUAAUGCCAGGGAAACCUGGUAUAAUUUGCGUGGAAGGAACGUCCAGAGACGUGAACGAAUUUUGGCAGGCAGUGAAAAACAUGAACUGGAAGAAAAUCUUUUGCAAGAUUACGGAAAGUAACAAAGAAGACUCAAAGGGUGGGACUUUUUUGAGAUUUAAGGACUUCCUUGAGCUGGUGUUUGAGAAUCAUGGCCCCAAGUUCAACCACAUGGAUAUGGGAGAGUUUUAUCGCUACCUGGAGGCACACGAAGUGGCCAAUAUUUUUAAGGAAAUAUUCGGCGUGGAUGCCAAAAGCGCCUAGUGAACCUAGUUUAUGUACGUUUACAACUGUGACGAUCUCAAUCAUCCCAUGACCAGAAUUUUUAUUGUCCCUAAAUAAAUUCCUUACUUAUUGA